CGGGCUGUUACUCGCUUUGUACAGCCAGGCACCGUCCGCUCUUUCCCGGGUGAGGGUGCUUUUCUAGGAUUUCCACCGCCCGCCACGACGGUCCUCGUUUCUGAAUCCUUCCCGGGACCCGGGUUCGAGCCCCCCAAAAUCGGCCCCGCCGCGGGCCGCGGGCCUCGGGGCCCCGCCCACUCUGGCAGGGGCUCGAAGCCGCGCGGAGCCGGAGCGGGAGCCGGGUCCGCCGCGGCCCCUUUAAGGAGCCGCGCUGCGGUAACCCGAGCCCGCAGUCCGGGCGCGGCGGCAGCUGGAUCUCCGGGACGUCUCCCCGGCUCAGCGGAGCAUCUUGCGGGCGGGCUCUCGCCGGGGCCAGCCCUCGGGCCUGGCCGCAGGACCGGACUCCUGGAACCCGACCGCGCGCAGCCGCCGUGCUCACGCUAGUUGCCCCGGGACGCGGCACAGGUGACGCCGUUUUCAGGGCUUUGGGAAGAGGGCGAGUACAUUUGGCCCCGCGGGUCUCCGCCCCGGCCUAGUGCGGCCAGGGCUCUGGAGGCCGGGGGCGUUCCACGAGCGCGGGGCUGUGGCGGCGCCGGCAGGUGCGUGCGGCGGCUCAGCAUCUUCUGGCCCGCCUCCUGCUCAGGUGGGGUCCUGGCCCGCAGCUCCUGCCCGCCCGGACACCUCCGUGAGUCCCACUCGCGGGUUGCCUGGAGUGCCUCCUGGGUCUCAGCUCAAACGGACGGGUGCUUUGGGCAUCAGGGAAAACCUUCUUGGUAGAAGCCGGUACACAGUCAGGUGCAUCAAGUGGCUCUACCAUUGUCACACCGGGCAAGUUGAUUAAACUAAGCGCCUCGGUUUACCUGGCCAUGAAAUGGGAUCCAUAAUGCUAGCCUUUUCGUACAGCCCCAGGAAGGUUGAAGAAAUAUGGACACCAAUACCAAACUGGUCAUCAGCACUGUUUUUACCAGCUUUUUCACCUUUCAGCUUCUUUUCCACUUUAUAAGUUACUGGUUUUCAGCAAAAGUUUCUCCAGGUUUUAACAAUCUCAGCUUCGAAAAGAAGAUUGAAUGGAACUCAAGGGUAGGAUCUACAUGCCAUUCUUUGUUGGUUGGGUUUUUUGGCCUUUACAUUUUUUUGUUUGAUGAGGCUACAAUUGCUGAUCCACUUUGGGGUGAUUCAUCGCUUGUAAAAGUGAAUAUUGCUGUUUCUUCAGGCUACCUCAUUUCUGAUUUGUUGAUUCUCAUUUUGUAUUGGAAAGUGAUUGGUGACAAAUAUUUUAUAAUUCACCAUUGCACAGCGCUGUAUGCCUACUUUUUUAUACUGAGAGAUGGCGUGCUGGGAUACAUUGGGAAUUUCCGCUUGCUCGCAGAAUUUUCCAGCCCCUUUGUGAAUCAGCGGUGGUUCUUUGAAGCUCUGAAGUAUCCCAAAUUUUCCAAGGCUAACGUCAUCAAUGGAAUACUCAUGACGGUGGUGUUCUUCAUUGUGCGGAUUUCUUCCAUACCUCUUUUCUAUGGCUACAUUUAUUCUGUGUUAGGAACAGAGGCCUACAUGAGGCUUGUUUUAAUCCAGUGUUCCUGGAUAUCUACUUGUGUUGUUUUGGAUGUGAUGAAUGUCAUGUGGAUGAUCAAAAUUACAAAGGGGUGCAUCAAAGUCAUCUCUCUCAUCAGUCAAGAGAAAGUCAAAAACAGUGUUCAGAAUGGAAAACUUGACUAAAAGUGGGCUAUUGAUAAGCAUACUUCAUUACUACCUGUAUUAUAUCUACUGAUAGGAUGAAUUCUUGGCAUGUUCUUGUGUUCCUUUAUUAAUUAUACUUGUUUUCCAGGGUUUCUGUGUCUUCUUUUUUUUUUAACAUUUAGAAAAGAGAAACUAAAAUUUCAUUUUUUCCCCAAGUUUUCUUUCCCAAUUUUCUUCUGCAUUGUAAGCAUGGAUAAAAUCUUAAAGGUUUAAGUUAAAAGUUAUAAACAUAAUGGGGAAUCUUUUCAGAAAUCUAUUAACCUGCAUUGGGAUUUUUCUCUGUGGAACAAUGACUAUGCCAGUUUGGCACACUUGGUUUUAUGUUACCAAUUUUGCUGAAAGAAUCGGAACUACUUUUAAAUUUGUAAAUAGCUCUCAACAUUUUGUUGUACUGCACUUAUUUCUUAUUAUGGCUGUCAUUGCCUGCGUAGGGUUUAAUUUCUAAAUUGUUGAAAUGUUCUUAGGCUAUUAAAAGUGAUAUAUUUUGCACUUAGGUUGUGCUAUUAUCUAUUAACAAUGAAGCAUUUUACUUACUUUGUGCAUAUUUAAUUAGUUCAGUCACGGAAAAUACUUUCUGCAUUUUUUGAUUUUUCAAACAUCACUUUAGUAUUUCUAUUUUUAGCAUUUUAUUAAAUCAUUGCCUUUUUAUCUUACAGUAAGGCUUAAGACAGAUCUUAUAGAGCUCCUUAAGAGAUGAAUUCCACCUAAAAAUGCAUGUUAUAGAUGAUUAAGGCUAAUAGGAGGAAUCAAUUAAGAAAAAGCUUUAACAUUGCUAUCUCUGUUUCCCUUGUUGUUUUUCUAUGAAAAAUAUUUCUAUUUGCAAAACGUGCCUGAGUUCAAAACCCAACAUCAUCAGUACCAAAGUCUUAUAUAAUAUGUAUUUAUCAUACUCCUAAAGUAGGUCUCUUCUUGAUGAGACCAAAACUACAAAAAAAAAAAAUCAGUAUUCAUAUUUUACUCAGAGUUUACACCCAUGCUUGCUUAGUCAAUGUUUUGAGUGCUUGAAUGGCUACAGGGAAAAAACCCAGAUAAUUUAACUAUUCUGAUUACCAAUAUUAUUGUCUUACAUGGCGAUCAGUGGUGAUUCUAGCUAUGUAUGUGUGCAUGUGUGUUUGCUUUUGCUUUGGUUUUUGUAACCUGAAUAUAGAAUUAUAUAGUUAGCUAUUAUUGCAUUUACUUAUUUUUCGCAAGUACUUGACUUUAAUGAUUGUUUUUACCGAAAAAAAAAUUAACUGGUGGUGAUACUUUGAAUUAAUUGAACCCAAACCAAAGAUCCAUUCACUUCCUCAGUUUGAAUGAGAAUGUUUGACUCAUUUUCAUUGCUCAUGUUAUGAGGAUGAAGGGAGACUGCCCAUAUAUUUCAAGGCUUUUGAUUUAAUUUGAUUUGAUUUGGCUGUCCAAUGCAGAUAGAGCCCAAUUAAGUUUUAGAACAUUUAAAGAAGAUAAUUGAAAUCUCAGUCAAUAACCAAAUGACAAAAUGAGAUUGAUUGGCUCAUAUUAGGUAUACCUAUUUUGAAAGACUUAAAGUAAUGUGAAAUAUUGGUAAUUUUUUAAAGCUACUAAUAUUACAUUGAUAAUUUGUUACUAAAUGUAGUGCCUUCCACAUAAUAGGCACUUACACAUGUAUUAGUUGUUUAGACGGGUAUAAAAGCAUAUAGUUUUAUCUUGUUCUUUUCUUGCUCUUAUGCAAGAAAACUAGCUUUUUAAAAGGAAAACAUUUAUAUUAGAAACUAUUUUGGAAAUUCAUUCCUUUAGAUAGAAAUAAAACUUGAAAUAAAUAUUUGUGACUCUGAAUACUUCUAUAGUUUCUGAACACAUAUUUUAAACCCACCAUCAAAAUGAAGUUUAGUGAGUUUCCAUAUAGCAGUUUCAGUUUUCAUAGUUGUUUAUUUCAUGCUUAAAACUUAAUUUUUACUUUUAUUGACAGCAUCUUUCAUUAGUAUAGCUGCUCACUAAAUAAGUAUAUUUAAAAUAUCAAUGUUUGAACUGAAGUUUGUUACUCUCCAUUAGUCAGCAAUUCUUAUUUUGUGCUGGCUCCAUGACAACCCAUUCAGCAUCCAGAUUCAAUACCCAAAAGUAGAUUGUACAUACUAGUAUUUCUUCAUAUAACAGGCAUGAAAUGGAAAAGACACUACAAACUGCCAUAAUACUUUAAGUCAGAUCUUUACAGGAGCUGUAUUUUGCUGUUUGAUGACUGUAUCCACCUCCCCAAGAUAUAAGUAAUUAAAGAUGGAACAUAUUUAUUAAACACUGAAUUUUCAUUUAUUAAACGACAACCUUUGCUAGCCAUUUUUACAUAUUAAGCAUUUUGACUUUAUGGAUUAAUUUAAAUGAUUCUAUUUGGCAUUCUGAUUUAACAACUGUUAAAAUAUUUAUAGAAAAUAAAAGCAAAUUGGUAUACAUUUUUAAGCAACUCUAUUUUUGUAGAAAAAGAUUAGUGACAACCUUAACUAUAAAGAUGCUCUUUGAAUGUGUAGUAGUCUAGAAAAUAAAUAUUCUUACAAAAUUUUGAAAGUGAAUGGAAAUCAACUGAAGAGCAUGCAAUAUAGAUUCUGCAUUAGAUAUUUUAUUCAGGAGAAUUUAAAAAUUAUGAGCUUGAGUUUAUAGAAUUUACAUUUUCAUGUCUAAAAUCUUUUUAAUGAGUAAUGUUUGCAUUAUUUAAAACUCAAAAUGGAGUUAUUAUAAGUACAAAGAAAUUAACUCCUGCUUAAAUUGUGUCUUGAUACCUUAUAGUAAGUUGAAAUGCCAGUUUUAUUCCAUCUGUUUAAUUUUGUUAUUUUAUAUUUUAUGGACUAUCCCUGUGUUAAGAGAAGUAAUAAUGUCUUUACCAUUCCUAAGAGUGACUGAUAUACUAUGAAUGACCCACUACUGUUGUAAAGAUCUACUUUUAAAAAUUGCCUAGUUUAUCGGUGUUAUUAUCUAAUUCUUUUCUAAAUUUUAAUAAUCUAUUUGACUCAAAUCAAACUUUUGCUAAAGUAUUAGUUUUUGAAUUGUAUACUUUUCUGGAGAAUGGUUCUUUACUGCUGUGAAGAGCCAGCUUAACUGUGUCACACCAUUUGUUAUCAUGUGUUUAGCAAUAUUCUUCUCAUGGAGAUAUAUAGGGAAAGUAUGUUGUAAUAUUCAUGUUUGUUCUGUUUCAUUUUUAAGGGAAAUAAACAUGUCCCAAAGACACUAUUAAAAUAA